CGACCGAAACCAAAAAGAUAAUAAAUAUGUUUACUAAUAAAAGACAUACCUGAUCACUACAGUGCGGUUAGCAGUUUUUGCGCGUCCGAGCUCGUAAUGUUGUACCAACAGCUUAUACGAGUAUAAUAAGCAAGCUGUUUAUUGUAACGUUAACUAGUCGGCGGACGGAUUAUGUUGACGGAAGUAGACGUGGAUUUUGUGAUGAGAUCAGAGCAAAACCUAUACAACCAUGGAGAAGAUGUCUCCAAUUCCUACUCUUCCUCUUAUCAUCAACUGUUGCAUGUCUGCACUUGGGUGCAUCGCAACAGUCAAACUGAUUCCUGCUUUUAAGGAUCACUUCAUAACUGCCAGACUCUAUGGCAUGGACCUAAAUAAAACCAUAAAGAAAGAGGUGCCUGAAUCUCAAGGUGUAAUCAGUGGCACAGUCUUCCUCAUCAUUCUUUUCCUCUUCAUCCCUGUCCCCUUCCUUCAGUGCUUUAUGGGAGAGCAGUGUCAACGGUUUCCUCACAACGAGUUUGUGCAGCUGAUUGGUGCUUUGUUGGCCAUCUGCUGCAUGAUAUUCCUGGGCUUCGCUGAUGAUGUUCUGAAUCUGCGAUGGAGACACAAGCUGCUGCUGCCUACUAUGGCCUCCCUGCCUCUACUCAUGGUCUACUUCACUAACUUUGGCAACACUCUCAUCGUCGUGCCCAAACCUUUUCGUGUCCUGCUGGGGAUGCAUCUGGACUUGGGUAUUCUGUAUUAUGUAUAUAUGGGAAUGCUGGCUGUAUUCUGCACAAAUGCCAUCAACAUCUUGGCUGGAAUCAAUGGCAUUGAGUCUGGGCAAGCUCUCUUCAUAUCUGGCUCCAUCAUCCUUUUUAAUAUACUGGAACUCAAUGGAGACUACAGGGAUGACCACGUUUUCUCUUUGUACUUCAUGAUUCCCUUUUUCUUCACCACAUUAGCCCUCUUCUACCACAACUGGUACCCUUCCUCCGUGUUUGUGGGAGACACUUUCUGUUACUUUGCUGGAAUGACGUUUGCAGUGGUUGGGAUACUCGGCCACUUCAGUAAGACCAUGCUGCUUUUCUUCAUCCCCCAAGUCAUCAACUUCAUUUACUCUCUGCCUCAGCUGUUUCACAUUAUUCCCUGUCCCAGACAUCGCCUUCCUAGGUUACAAUCCGACACGGGAAAGCUUGGCAUGAGCUACUCCAAGUUCAAACAGAAGGACCUGGGCAAAUUAGGGCAACUUAUUCUGAAGGUGGCAGAAAUGUUGUGGCUUCUAGAUGUGCAUCGAGGGCAGGAAGGAGAUGAUGAGUUUAUUGAGUGUAACAACAUGACCCUUAUCAACCUGGUACUAAAAGUACUGGGACCUACCCAUGAGAGAAACCUGACUGCCAUCAUGCUGUUAAUACAGGUCUUGGGGAGUGUUGUGGCCUUUGGAAUCCGGUAUCAUCUUGUGCGUCUGUUCUACGACGUCUAGACCACUAGAGUUUCUGAGAGACUUUACAAGCUGCUGCUUCCAUCUGAAGAAAAAAACUGAAACAAAACUGAUUGUUGUAAGAAUAAUUGCUAUAAUGCCUGUCCUCUAUAAAGUAUGGGAUCUUGAUACUA